AUGCGGGCUUUUAGUCGCACACCGAUUGCGGCUGCGUUACGGUCUGCGAAUCCAGGGAGUCGAUCUGGUGCGCUCCGAUAUCAUGGUUCGUUUCUUGGGCGAGUACCCCAGGCACAGGGAGAGGCAGCACCGCUUCCGCUGUCAAUAUCAGCGCGUGUUCACUAUGGAGGAGCGUUGAGAGUGUAUGACGCGAGAGAUACAGAGCGGUUUUUCAGCCAAUUGAGCGGCAAACACAGCAAUGGGGGAAACGGAGUAGAUCAACUGGAGAGGCUGGAGCUCAGGAAGGCGCGGCCGCAAGACAAUGGCGGGGGAAAAGCUGAGACAAAUGAUGGCUCAGGGUCAAAGCACAAGCUUGUCAAUGCGAUGACGAAGGGUGAGAGGGGCAAAUUAUUGACGACUCCGUCGAGGCUGUUCAAGCUCCUCAUUCCGUUGACGACGAUCAAGCGCCGAGAUAUCGAACAGAUCGCCAUCCUGGUCCACCCACAGCAACCCCUCUCGCACCUGGAACGUUUGAUUCAAUCGGAGAUUCCACCAAUCGAAGACGAAAAUGGACACAAGCCUCCGCCUGCGAUUUCGUUUAUCGCACUGCAGUUAGAAGAAGACGCCGUCCGGCCAAAAAAGCGACUGUAUGAGGAAACCGACGCGCAUGUGCACCGACUUGAAGGCGGGAAGGACGAGGGUGUCGUGGUACAGCGGAAGGGAGAAUUCGAGGAGGUGGACGAAUCAUUCAGCUAUCUACGAAGACCGGAGCCGGGCAAGGGAGACAAGGAGCAACGGUUCGUCCGGUGGUCGCAGUCGACAGAGAUCGGAGACUUUAUCCGCGACGCUGCGCGGGCGGAGGAGUUCAUCGUGGCGAUCGAAGGCGCUCCGGCAGGGUUGGAGCAGAUCCACGUGGCCGUCCCGUCGUUCGAUGAGCGAACGUACUUCCUCAGGAUGCGCUUGCGGAAGAUCUCACGGCGGAUCCAAAGCCUGGCGGAGAUCAAGCAUGAAUGUGAUACGUUGGCGCAUCGCGGCGCGCAGCGAGUGGCGCUGGGUGGGUUUGGCGUGCUCGCCUUCUGGUGGUGCCUCGUGUACAAGCUGACGUUUGGGACGGAUCUGGGCUGGGACACGAUGGAGCCUGUGACGUACCUGGUCAGUUUGUCGACACUGAUGGGUGGUUAUCUGUGGUUCCUGUAUCACAACCGCGAGAUCUCCUACCGUUCGGCGCUGGAUUUCACGAUCAACGCGCGGCAGAAGAAACUCUAUCAGAUGAGAGGGAUCGACCUGCAGCUGUGGGAAACGCUCAUCGACGAAGGCAAUGCGAUACGCCGGGAGAUCAAGAACAUCGCGGCCGAGUACGACGUUGACUGGGAUGAGCGCAAGGAUGAGCAGGACGACCGCGUCACCGAGGCCCUGAAGAAGGAGAGAAGGUAUAAGAAUGGACAUAAGCAGAAAGAGAGGGAAAAAGAUGUCGAGGACGAUGAUUGA